AUGGAGUCUGGCGCUUUUUACGGCAGCGAUGUCAAAACUCAAUCCAAGGGCUACCGCAGCACGCCUCCAAAACUCGCUGGUAAGGCGGUCACACUGGGAGCCUCAGACUCAGCACUCGGGAUCCCUACACCCUCCACGAAGGUCCGCCUUCAGCUCAUCUUCGUCCACUUGUUCAUCAUGGCCGUAACAGACGGCCCUCCUCCCCCAUACACCCCCCAGGGUGUUCCGUCCUCGGAAAAAGAGCCAAGCUCGUCUCGCAAGGGCAAGAGCCCAGGGCCACCGCGCCCCUGCACCUGCCCUCGCCCCGCCGCCGAGCCUCCUCAUCCGAACGCCGUCGACGACGAAGACAACGACGGAACCAAAACCCUCAGGCGCAUCGCCGGUGGCGCCGCCAUCCUCAUCGCUGUCCCCACUUUGGCCAUCGCAGGCGCGGCCAUCGCGCUUCCAGCGAUCGGAUUCGCCUCUACCGGCGUCGUCGGAGGCAGCAUCGCGGCCGGGAUCCAGUCCGCGGUCUACGGGGCGACCACCGGGGGCCUGUUCUCUGCACGCUUCUCGACGCGCUGCAGCACCCGCAUUCCCUCCGUCUGUCGAGGCGCAUAUAACAUCCCCGCCUCACCCCCGACCCCCUCUCCCCAGCCACCUCUCCCCGCCUCCGACCACUCUCUCAACAUGGGAAGUUGGCUCCGCAUCGCAGCGAAGGUGCUCUUGUUCGCCGGUGCCACCCUCGCCGUCGUCGGCCUCACCGCCGCCGUACUCCCCGCACUCGGCUUCACGACCGCCGGCAUCGCCGCAGGCAGCGCGGCCGCCGGCAUCCAAGCCUUCUUCUACGGCGGCGCGACGUGCGGCGUCUUCUCCGCCCUGCAGUCCGCGGGCGCGACUGGCAUGUGCACCGCACUAGCCCAAGUCCUCAUCCCUGUGGGUGUCGGGCUCGUGAUUUCGGUCGGACUUGGCUACGCAGUGGCGGGGUAUAGGCGGCGUGCGAGGCGGCGCGCUCGGAAGGCUGCGGAGAGGGCCAGCGGCACCCCCGAAAUGACCCACGUGUAG